GCUGACCACAGGCAACUCCGGAGAGUGACUCAGUGUGAGCGAGAGACAGCAAGACACACAGAAAGGGAGAGAGAGAGAGAGAGAGAGAGAGAGAGAGAGAGAGAGAGAGAGAGAGAGAGAGAGAGAGAGGAAGAAAAGAGGAAAAACCCAAGCAGGAGAAGGAGUGAAGAGCUCCGGCACAGCACAGAGACACACUGUCUUGUCUCGUGUGCGUGCGUGUGUGUGUGCGCCGGCCAACUUCAAUGUAACACUCGCCCGCUGUUCUUCUUAGCUUUUCACCUCUCGUCAUCUUCUCAACUAUGAUCCCCGUGGUGGUACUUCUGCUCCUAUGGAUCUCUGCCCAUGGGUCAGAGGCCAUGUUUUCCCAGCAGCCCCAGGACCUGGUGGUGGUGGCGGGCCAGCCGGUGACCCUGCCCUGCUCUAUCCCUGGUUACAACGGCGUUGUCCUCUGGAUCAAGGACGGCCUCGCCCUGGGCGUGGGCCGGGACCUUUCCGGCUACCCCCGCUACACGGUGAUUGGAGACCACAGUACAGGAGAGCAUCACCUGCGUAUCCAGCGCGUGGAGCUGAUGGACGACGCUAUAUUCGAGUGCCAGGCCAUCCAGGCCGCCAUGAGGUCCCGCCCUGCAAGGCUCACCGUGCUUGUGGCCCCUGAGGAUCCAGUGAUCAGUGGGGGUCCUGUGGUGAGCCUCAGAGCAGGCGAUCCACUCAACUUGACCUGCCACGCCGACAACGCCAAGCCGGCCGCCUCCAUCAUCUGGAUCCGGAACGGGGAGGUCCUGAACGGGGCCAUGUACUCCAAGACGUUGCUGCGGGACGGCAGGAGGGAGAGCACGGUGAGCACCCUGUACCUGUCCCCCACCAACAUGGAGACGGGCCAGCAGAUCAUCUGCAAGGCCUCCAACAAGGCCGUCCCCAACGGAAAGGAGACCAGUGUCACCAUCGACAUCCAACAUCUACCACUUGUCAAUCUUUCAGUGGAGCCGCAGCCAAUUCUGGAGGGCAACCUGGUGAAAUUCCACUGCUCAGCAAAGGCCAACCCUCCGGUCACCCUCUACCGGUGGGCGAAGGGGGGCAGCGUCAUCAAGGAGGUGUCCGGAGACACCUAUGAGGUCAUCGUGGACCACUCCUUCUUCACCGAGCCCGUCUCGUGUGAGGUGACCAACGCCCUCGGCAGCACCAACAUCAGCCGCAACGUCGACGUUUACUUUGGUCCCCGGAUGGCUGCUGAGCCCCAGUCGUUGCAGGUGGACCUGGCCUCCGAUGCGGUGUUCAACUGCGCAUGGACGGGCAACCCUUCCCUCACCAUUGUGUGGAUGAAAAGGGGCUCCGGCGUGGUUCUGAGCAAUGAGAACAUUCUGACACUCAAAGCAGUGAGACAAGAAGAUGCUGGGAAAUAUGUGUGCCGCGCUGUUGUUCCACGUGUGGGUGCGGGAGAGAAGGAGGUCUCCCUAACUGUCAACGGUCCUCCGACCAUCUCCAGUACCCAGACACAGCAGGCUCUGCACGGGGAGAAAGGACAGAUCAAAUGCUUCAUCCGGAGCACCCCACCGCCAGACCGCAUCGCCUGGUCCUGGAAGGAGACGGUGCUGGAGUCGGGCACGUCCGGCCGCUACACGGUGGAGACGGUCAGCACGGAGGAAGGGGUGAUCUCCACGCUCACCAUGAGCAACAUCGUGCCCGCCGACUUCCAGACCAUCUACAACUGCACGGCGUGGAACAGCUUCGGCUCCGACACGGAGAUCAUCCGGCUGAAGGAACAAGAGUCCCUGCCCGUGGCGGUGAUCAUCGGAGUAGCGGUCGGAGCGUUCGUGGCGUUCAUUGUCGUCAUGGGCACCGUCGGAGCGUUCUGCUGCACGCGCUCACAGAGAAAUCAUAAAGGGGCCGCGUCAGCCAAGAACGACAUCCGCGUGGAGAUCGUUCACAAAGACCACAACGCUGCUCGCGAGAGCGAGGACCACGCCUCCAUGAAGCAGCUGAUGGUGGAGCGAGGGGACUUCCAACAGGAGUCUGUGCUGAAACAGCUGGAGGUGCUGCAGGAGGAAGAGAAGGAGUAUCAACACAUCAAGGACCCCACCAACGGCUACUACAGCGUCAACACCUUCAAAGAGCACCACACCCCCACGGUUGCGGGCAACCCGCCGGCCGAGGCCUCCCGCAACCCCACCGGCGCCAGCACCCUGGGCAAGCAGCGGGUGCCCACGGGCAUGUCCUUCACCAACAUCUACUCCACCCUGGGCGCGGGCCCCAACCGCCUGUACGACUACAGCCAGCGCUUCGUGCUGGGCAUGGGCAGCAGCUCCAUCGAGCUGUGCGAGCGCGAGUUCCAGCGGGGCUCGCUGAGCGACUCCAGCUCCUUCCUCGACACGCAGUGCGACAGCAGCGUCAGCAGCUACAGCAAGCAGGACGGCUACGUGCAGUUCGACAAGGACAGCAAGGCGUCCGCCGCCUCCUCCUCCUCCCACUACUCCCAGUCCUCGUCCCAGAACUCGGACCUCACCAAGCCCCUGCAGAAGCGCAUGCAGACCCACGUUUGA